GGGUGGUUGCUGGCCACGAGUGAGAGUGACAGAGUCAUAUAUAUAUAGAGAGAAGGGGAAACUCGGCACGGCACUCCAAAGUACACAGCCUCCGCGAUUGCAGUGGUGUGCUUUCGGUUCCCUCAUACGCCAUACUCAUUCUUCGCGGCUUCGCGCCCGUGGCAACAGUCGGAUCCACGUUUCCACGCGUAGCACGCGCAGCCAACGUCAACAUCCGGAAAAGACCACCAGCUUUUUCGUCGUCGCCACGUCUCGUCCGCCUGCCAACGGCCACCAUGAAGCUAGCCAUUCUCGCAUUGAUCAGCUGCUGUCUGAUAGCAGCGGUGAGAUCGGCAGAGGAGGAGUACGACUACGAGGAGGAGCCGGCAGCUCCGGUGACCCCUGCGCCGGCUAGGCCCACUUCCGGCCGGCUCGGAGGGCUGUUGUCAUCGCGAGGGCGGAUAAACGUCGGAAGGAAACCAGCCGCGACGGCAGCCGCGCAGUCGACCACCGCCAAGGCGGUCGAACAGCCGGCCGAGGUCGAGGAAGAAGGCGAGGAGGAACUGGACGAUAGUCAAGAUCAGCAGGAGGAAAUUCCAACCACCACGACCGAAUCCUCGAAGAGAGUUCGCGGCGGCGUCAGACCUUUCAGGUCGAAUCAGGAUCUGCUGGCGGCGCUGAAGAGAAGAAGAGCUCAAGUGGGACCGAGCUCUCAUCGAGAGCAAACCUCCGGCACGCAAAUCGGCACAGAAUCGACCACGCCUAAAUCCAAAGCAACCACGCACAGCCGCAGCAAGAACACGGCGAACGGCGCGAACGAGGCAAAGUCAUCGGGACGCGGCAGGUUCGGCGGUACAAAGGGAAGCAAGCCUUUGCAAGAGGAGGUGGAGGAGACUCAACGGGAGGAGGUGCAAGUGAAACCGAAACCCUAUCGCAGAGGAUAGAGAGACGAGACGAGACGAGAGGACGAACGCGCGAAUUUCCAGCUUUGCUCGAUCCAACGGGGAAAGAAUAGAAGUCCAACGACCGGCGAAGCGACCUUUUUCCCUUCUUCUUCGUUUGGACGAACACGCGAAACGAAAGUCUCUCCCUCUCUUCUUCGCAAACCGCGUCGAACGAAAAGAAUUGCCAUCCGCGCGAAGAAAGGAAAAGAAAAGGAAAUAUCGCGCGUAAAAGCUCGUGGAAACGUUACCGAUUCGCGUUUGCCGAUUGAAAAGAAAUCAGAAAAAGGCGUUUUCGACAAAAGCUUCAAACGACGUACAGGUGUAUAGAAGAAGGCUGCCAUUCACCGAUUAUACUCGAGGUAUAACUCACUGUAUAAAUGUAAAUUAGUAAAAUAAAAUUGUUAAAAAAAAAAAAAAAAAAAAAAAAAGACGAAACCUGCUCGGUAGAUACAGAAGACGAAGGAAUUGUCAAUCGUCGUCGUGGGUGUUUUAAGUUGACUAACCUUGACGGGUCUAGGAAUCGCCGUCUCUUAUCUCGCGAGUUACAUACUACUUUCCUCCGGCGUAUUAACAUACGCGGUCCCGGCGUGGGAUGUAAGCAAGAGAAAUUCCAACGAGCGGCUCUGGAAUGUCGAGGGCGUGCUCCAUCUGCACUCUCGCAUUCUCAUCUUUUAUACAUCUCGCGCGCAUGUACCACUCCCAAACUUUAAAACCUCUCUCUCUCUCUCUCUCUCUCUGUAUUCGCUCCUUAACUCUCUUAUCCCAUUGACAUCGACAAUCCGCCCUUCGCCCCCGUCGUUUUACCAUUUUACCAUUUUGUCGAAUCGGUUCUUAACCAUAAAGUCGGCAAGUUAGAAUCAUCUAACCCAGCGUAAAGUCUCAGAGAAAAAGCCCCCGAGAUAAAGAGAAACGAAUUUUUUGAAAAACGAAAUGGGUUGUUGCGUCGAGAAAUACUAUCUGUAGGUUUUUGAAGGAGAGAACGAUAGAGCGCAACAGAAAAAGAAAAGAAAAAUAAAAAUGGAAUAGGACAAGAAGAAGAAGAAGAAGAAGAAGAAGAAGAAGAAAAAAGGAGAGGGCGAAAGGCAAACUCGAUGAGUCUCGGUCGCGCGAGGUAUACGCCGAGAGGUACGAAAGUGAGAGGCGGUAUCUCGUCGGCCUUGAAGCCUUCGCAAGAAGCAUUUCACUCGCAAAGACCAUCCGAGUCGCGUCAGCCGGUCUGAUAACGCGCGAGAGAAGCAAACUCGGGAAAUCGAUAGAUCGUGGAAGGUUGGGAGGACUUGGAAGCCACGUGAAAAUUGUUGAUUUGAAAAUGACCACUCGAACGACAUACAGGAUGCUUCUGCGUUCAAAAUAAAUAGAAAAAUCAUA